UAUUUACAUCUUAUAUAAAGUUCUUUCUUUUUCUCGACGACAAGAAAAUUCCACAUUUCAACCCCAAAAUUUUAUAUUUUAAUUUGACCCAAAAGAUAAAGAGAACUCAAUAACAACAACAAAAAAUAUAUAUUGAAAAUUUCUCCACUUGAAAAAGCGGUAUCGUAUCUCUUGCCCUUAAAGCAAAGAACUUGUCUCUAGCUCCUUCUUCAUUCAAACUUUGUUGAUUACAUUCACUCCUCUUUUGGAACAUCAACACAAGCUAAGCACACAAUUCUCUCUGUCUCUCUCUCGAUGAAGAACCCAAACUCAUCAUUGUCUUCCUCAACACCAUCUAGAACAACAAAGCUUCUCAAUGCUCAAUACCAUCACUUUCUCAAUCUCCUCUCUUAUUCUCUUAUCCUCUGUUGUGGCAUAAUCAUUGGCAUACUUCUCCAUUCCUCUCUACAAGACUUCUCUUCUACGUCUUCACUAAGCAUCCAACGCAUCUCUCAGCUCUUCGUCGUCUCCUCUCUUCCUCCUUCUCCUACUCUCCCCCUUCCUCCUCCUCCUCCACCUUCUCAGCCCGAGAAAGAUGGGCUGGAACGCUUUAUUAAGCCACCAGAGAAGCUUAUGCACGACAUGGAAGACGAAGAGCUUCUUUGGAGAGCUUCAAUGGCACCCAAGAUCAAGAAUUACCCUUUUCCUCGAACACCAAAGGUUGCUUUCAUGUUCAUGACAAAGGGUCAUUUGCCUUUAGCUCGUCUAUGGGACAGGUUCUUUCGCGGGCAUGAAGGCCUUUUCAGCAUCUAUGUUCAUUCAUACCCUUCUUACAACCAGUCCGAUCCUGAAGAUUCAGUCUUCCAAGGCCGCCACGUUCCAAGCAAGAGAGUGGAUUGGGGAUACGUGAAUAUGGUGGAAGCAGAACAAAGAUUACUAGCAAAUGCUUUAUUAGACAUAUCAAACGAACGAUUCGUACUUCUUUCUGAAUCAUGCAUACCUCUUUUCAACUUCACUACCGUUUACUCUUACCUCAUGAACUCAACUCAAACUCACGUUGAGUCUUAUGACCAACUUGGUGGAGUUGGACGUGGCCGAUACAGCCCUCUAAUGCAGCCACAUGUUCAGUUACACCACUGGCGUAAAGGCUCCCAAUGGUUCGAGAUGGACCGUGCCAUGGCCCUAGAAGUCAUCUCCGAUAGAAUCUAUUGGCCUCUCUUUUACAGUUACUGUCACCAUGGUUGCUACGCGGAUGAACAUUACAUCCCUACACUCCUCAACAUCAAAACAAACCUGAACCGGCGCAAUUCGAACCGGACACUCACGUGGGUCGACUGGUCCAAAGGUGGCCCUCACCCGAACCGGUUUAUUAGACACGAGGUGACUGCGGAGUUCAUGGAGAACCUUAGGAGUGGUGGUGAGUGUCUAUACAAUGGAGAAAAGACGAAUAUGUGUUAUCUAUUUGCUCGCAAGUUCUUGCCUACUGCUCUAGACCGGUUGCUCAGGUUCUCACGUAUUGUUUUACAUUUCUGAUUAUUUACUAUUCUUCUUUCAUUUAUUAUUUUUAUUUUUCAAUAUUCUUCACCGUGAUAUUAUUGUAUAAUUAAUCUUUUGAUUAUUCGUAAAUGAGGAGUUUAAA